UCUUUGACAUAUUUUAUUCUGGCAUUGUUUUGCCUCCCUGUUUGCCCCCGACAUGAGCAUUAAAGGGGCGUUUGCGGUCACAUGCGGCCCCCUGGUGUCCAAACUGCGCCCCUGCAGCUCCAAACACUCCCAUGAAGCACUUCCACACUACGUAGCCUUCCAGCCGAUGUGGGGUUUGGGCCGACAGCAAACUUUUUCUGAGUGCAGGCUGGGGGGAGAAAAACGCCCCGGUAAGUGUGAAACCGGAGGGAUUUAAAGUGUCCCAGGGCAGCAGAAUGAACGCGUAACUGAUCCAGAGGUGGACGGUUCACUGUUGGAUGGAGUUUGGUUUCUUUAUCCAAACUGAGGCUCUGAGGGGGAUCGGAAUUUACCGGUGACAAGUCAGAGAGAGGAGGAGGGAAAAAAAGGAAAAGAGCGGCUCCACUUUUUUUUUUUGGAGAAACUUGUUUGUUUUUAGCCACAAGAAAGAAAGAAAGGAAGAAGUAUUUCCUGCUUGGAGACACUUUUCUGCGCUCUGCGUAAAAACAAAGCUCCAAAUCAUGGCGAAAAAGUAUGAUUUCCUCUUCAAGCUGCUGCUCAUCGGGGACAGCGGAGUGGGCAAAACAUGUCUGAUCAUCCGCUUUGCUGAGGACAACUUCAACUCCACGUACAUCUCCACCAUCGGCAUCGACUUUAAAGUAAAAACCAUCGAGGUGGACGGGAAGAAAGUGAAACUACAAGUCUGGGACACAGCGGGGCAGGAGAGGUUCAAGACCAUUACGACGGCCUACUACAGAGGAGCCAUGGGCAUCAUCCUGGUGUACGACAUCACAGACGAGAAGUCCUUCGAAAACAUCCAGAACUGGAUGAAGAGCAUCAAAGAGAAUGCAUCAGCCGGGGUCAGUCGGAUGCUGCUAGGCAAUAAGUGCGACAUCGAGGCGAAGAGGAAAGUUACCAAGGAGACGGGAGAAAAGUUGGCUAAAGAUCACGGCAUCAGGUUCUUUGAGACGAGUGCAAAGUCCAGCAUUAACGUCGAGGAGUCUUUUCUGGCUUUGGCGCGAGACAUUCUACAGAAAUCCAGCAAGAAGCCGGGUCCGACGGGUCGGGAGGUGAAAAUCACCAGCAGCACAGAGAAAAAAUCCUCCAAAUGUGUUCUUCUCUAGACCGACGACCGCAGGGAAAUAAAAUUCAAUGAGUUUUCUGUCUCCAUCUGGUGGGCCAAAAUGUCAAAUUCAGCCAAAUGUUGAUUUAAAGUGAGUAUUUAAUUCGACCAACAGGUUUCUUCUGGCUGGAAAUGACACAAACAAAUGAGAAAAGACAGUAAAAUGUGGCUUCAGAGAUGUUAAUGAGGCUUUCUUUUUGCUUUUUUGCAGAAAAUUCUAUGUCCUGAAAUAUUCAUAUCCCUUGAAAUUGUCACCUUAAUGUGAGAAAAUGCAACUUCUGUGUCAUUCCAAAUGGUUCUGUUAGCUACUAGCAUGUUUUAAUGCAAAAAAAAAUCCAGUUUUCUUCAAAAUUUGCGAGUCUCAAAGCAUAUGGACAUUCCAUUUUUAGCAUAAAUCUAAAAAAAAAACUACAUAGAAAUAGUUAAAAUUCAUCAUUAACAUCUCUAAAACAACGUCUUACCGUGUUUUUAUGUCAUUUCCAACCAGAAGAAACCACUAGAAAUUCACUAUAAAUCUAAAUUUGACCUCCAUGUGAUUAAUGGUGUAAAAGUCUGUUUUUAUGCCAACAUUAAAUUCCAUAAAAGUGGUACUGAGCCCUUUAGUAAUAGAUAAAUCCUCUGUGGAAUCUGCUGUGAGGGCGUCAAUGCCGUGAAAAGUUGGAGUUUUAGAGACUCCAAAGCCCUAAAAACAAUCAUACCCUGUUUUUUUCUUCUUUCCAUGCUGUGUUUCUGGUUCAUCAGUGUUUAUUUCUUUUACAGAACCUCGUCUGUGUUUUUAACGUCACCUUUUAUUCACUUCCUGUGUGUGAGCAGCAGCAGCGUUUAGUGUGAAAUGAUUCAUGUACAGACAUGAUGCUGGUUGUGUUUAUUUCAGAUUUAAGGAGCAGAGAAGGUGUUAAAUGGUUUUAAAUGUGGAGGGGAAAGGUUAAAAUCAUCUGUGCAGACUCUCAGUAAUCCCAGGAGCUUCAGUAAACUGACCACCAGCUCAUUAAAUGUGUGAUUUCAGCUUGAAAAAGUCACAUUUGCUGAUUAAAAUUGAAUUAAAGUGCAAACAUGAAUAAUAAUGUUGCAUCAAUUUGAUAUUUUGUGUAAUUUAAUCUCAAAUUUCUGCAUUAGUUGAUUUAAAACUAAAUUUAUGUUGCGUUAACGUCGUGAAAUUUGCUUAAUAACUCAAUUUUUCUUCAAUUUAAGGUAAAAAUAGCAUUUUAUUUUGAAAACUUCUGUUCAUAAUAAUGUCAGGUAUAAUUUUUUUAGUUCAUAGUAAUGUUUUGAUAGUAAUUCAAGAAGUUUAUUUUUCCGCUUUUUUUUUUUUUUUGACAGUGUGGUUGGUUUACACUGUCAAAAAAUAAGAAAAUAAAAACCAUGUAAAUCUGGAAACAAUGUGGGCAGAAUAAUACAUUAAAAACAUUUUUUUAAAAAUGGUAAAAAUGCGUACUUGAAAAUAUCUUUACCCCUGUAAAAUCCAAAUAUAUAAAAAAAGAAUUUAGCAAAAAUAAAAUCUAAAUAAAAAAAUCAAUUAUAUUUAUAUUAUUUUUGAUAAAAAAAUAUGAAAUAUAUAUAUAUAUAUAUAUAUAUAUAUAUAUAUAUAUACGCACAUUUUUUGGAGACUGCAAAUAUCUAUUAAAAAUUGCAUUUGUAUUUGAAUUAUUAGUUAUCUGUAAUUUAAUCCAACAGACCUAAAUAAAUUGUUAAAAAAAAUUACAGUUCAACAAUUUGAUUAAUUUUUUACAGUGCAGCUGGUUUACACUGUAAAAGGUGUUGAAAAAAUGGUAAAUCUGUUAAAAACAGUAAAAAACUAAAAAAUAUCUGUAAAAAAUAUAUUUUAACUGAAUAAUUUUUUUUUAGUUUUUAUAUGUAAUUAAAUUGUAGAAGCAUCUCAGAAAUUAUAAAUUGGUUUUAAAAAAUGUAAGUUAUUCACUGAAAGUUAAUGAUGAUGCCCAUUCAUUUUUUACAGUGUGGCUGAUUUACACUGUAAAAGAUGUUAAAAAUGGUAACUCCUACAAAAAAUUAAAUUGCUGCAAAUAUCAAAAAAUUUAACCAAUUUUCCAGGUCUUAAUCUACGUAUUUUUUAUGACUUCAAAUAAACUGCAUUUUAUUUGAAUUAUUUCAGUUUUUAUGUGUAAUUUUACUCAAGACGCUUCUUGAAUUAGCAGCAAAAACAUUCUAAAAAAAAAAAAAAAGCUAAAGCUGAGGUCCUUUUUUGCUGAAACUCCUAGGAGAUGCUAGAUUUAUUUAUGAUGAUGAAAAGUCAUGAAAGCAUUUAGUUUUUCAGUAAAUAAAUGAUGGAGACACGAAGCUCUAAAUAUUUAUGGCUGAGAAACGCUGAGACGCUCCGACAGAUGAAAACCAAACCUGACGUUAACGAGAGUCGAAACGAACGGCUUGUUUUCGUGGACGGAGGAAGUGGAAGACGGAGCAGAGAUAAGUGCAAUAUGAGAAGAUGAGUGUUGGGAUGAAGGACGGACAGGAAGCGAGAGAGAUUUAGUAGCUUUUAUCCUUGGAGCCUCUUCAGAGCGAGUCUUUUCCUGCAGCAGCCGACACUGCUUCUGUCAUUACAGGUGUUUAAGGUUUUAUUUUUCCUCUCUGUCGUGUUUCCGUCACUUCUUUGUAGAGCUGCGACACUCCUGGACUGUGUUUGUAGUUUACAGACCUGCUUGAUGAAUAUAAACGCAAAAACAAACAGUAAA